AUGCCGCAGCUGAGCCUGAGCACCAACGUGCCGGUGGACGCCGUCGUCGCCGCCGACAUCCUCCGGGACUGCUCCAGGGCGCUCGCCAGGAUCAUCGGCAAGCCAGAAUCCUACGUGACGGUGUCGAUCGACGGGUCGGUGCCGACGUCGUUCGCCGGGAGCGAGGAGCCCGCGGCGUACGGGGAGAUCAUGUCCAUCGGGGGCCUGGGUCCCGGCGUCAACGGCAAGCUCAGCGCCGCCCUCGCCGACAUCCUCGAGGCCAAGCUCUCCAUCAGCGCCAGCAGGUUCUACGUCAAGUUCGACGAUGUCCAGGGUACAAUGUGGGCUUCAACGGAACCACGUUCUAAGACAAAUCCAUCAGAAGAAAGAUGUUGGCGACAGUAG